AUGUUUAGAUUUGAAUUCAGUGGGUUUAAACAGCCUGUAGUAUUUUCAGUAAUUAUAUGGUAUCCUCCAAGUUUCUUGCCUAGCCAAUAUGAAGAAAUGGGAGGCUUCUCCUACUAUAUGUUUAUGGUAUCAAUAUUACUAUGCAGCAAAAAAGGCCCAACACUUCAAACAAAUCAUAUAUUCAUUUAUUUUGCUUUACUCCUAAAGGUGGCUACAGUAGAAUUUAAUCUGCAGAACUAUACUAAUAUCAUGACAUACUAUAUAAAGGGCGAAUGUAUUGAUCCCCAUAGUACUUUUAUCACUAUAUUCCAUAUGAGGAAUUACUCCAACUUGAACCGUUUGGUUUCUCAACUCAAAAGAAAUAUUUCUAACAAGGUUUUGUUAAAGUGUUUGUGUAUAUCUCCUGAUGCAGAGCCACAGUCACUCUGUUAUUUAAAAUCUGUUGACACAGAAGUUAUUAUUGACAGAGCCACAUGA